GUGCCGGAGAGCCCAGUGGCGGCGGCGGGAAAGGGCUGCGGAAUCGCGGCGCUGCGUCUCACACUCGACGACGCGGCCUCGGCCUCGACGCCCUCCGCCCGUUCUCGGAGCAGAUACGCUUCUUCACAAAGUGGGACCUGGUUCCUGGCGCACAGGCUUACCUACUUAGAGACUCAUGUCAGAGGAUCUACAUAGAGUUGCUCACAUGCCUGUCCUUUGACCAGUUCCUGCAGCUGAGGGGAUGAGAUAUUUUAUUCAUGGGAAAGAGAUGCCCUGUAUUAUGGACCUGAGUAUUCCAGGUACCGAAAUGUAAGAAGACAUUAUGUUGGAUAACAGGAAGAGCUGUAGAGUUUGCAGGUGUCAACUGUGGCCUUAAUAAACACAUUGAUAGCAUCAGUGAUAGACAGAUGGCUCAUGUGGCUGGUGGCUGCCAUAUUGACAUUGCAGUCCUGGAAGAUGGAGAGAGCUAUGACACAAUAAAUUUAAUUAAAAGGUCCUAUUACUGCUGGAUUGUGCAAGAUAUUUAACCCUAUUUUCUUUGAGGUAUGACUUAAAUAUCAAACAUCUUAAAUAAGAGAAGGGAAACAUUUUAGUUUUGGAAGUCAGAAUGCCAAGGAGAAGGAAAAAUCUUGGGGGAAAUCCUUUUCGGAAGACUACAAACUCUAAGGAAGUUGUAUCCAGUGUUGCUAGUCAUGAGGAGCCAACCACUACUCUUCCUUCCAUGUGUGAGACAAAAGUUGAUCAGGAAGAACUCUUCACCAGUAUCUCAGAGAUGUUUUCUGAUCUGGAUCCUGAUGUAGUGUAUUUGAUGCUUUCUGAAUGUGAUUUCAAAGUUGAAAAUGCCAUGGAUUGUCUAUUAGAAUUAUCAGCCACUGAUGCUAAAAUAGAAGAAUCGCCUUCAAAAAGCUUCGUUGCUUCUGAGAACCAAGUAGAUGCAGUGGGAUGUGAAAUAAUGGAAAAGUGUCCUCCUGAAGAAGAGAGUGAAGAUUCAAAAAUGGAUUCAUUUUUGGACAUGCAGCUAACUGAAGACUUAGAUUCCUUAAUACAGAAUGCUUUUGAGAAAUUGAACUCUUCUCCUGACGACCAUGCAUACUCAUUUUUGCCUUUGAGAGAUGUUAAUAAUUUUAGUAACCCCAGUGCAUUUAUAAAUUCAGAUUCAAGUAGUACAACUCCUAUUCUUUCUACCCAAAAUAUGGAUUUGAACAGUGAAAAUGUAGAGAGUUCUGCCUCUACAUUGAGUUCAAAUUCCUUAACUUCACAUUCACUUUCAAAUGAGUCCAAAAGUUUUACAAAGGAUAACACAUUGGCAUUGGAAGAUUCUCUUCUCAGUAGUUCUUUAAAUGUAGCAAGUGACACUGUGGUGGAUUGUAGUAACCAAAUUCAGAAAGAGCUUUUAGAAUCUGCGUGUGUUGAGACUCAGUUCUCUCAAGCCCCUGUAGAUUUGGAUGCCAACGAACUUCAGGCUCCUUUAAACCUUACUGUGCAAAAUCUGGGGCUUGGUUUACUAGGUACAGGUGGAGAUCAGAAAUCUUCUGUCCCUGAUGUUUUUGUACCUUCUGAAGAAUUCAAUUUCCAGUCACACAAACAUACUGAACUGCCACCAAAGGGGAAGGAUGUGAAUUACUGCCCAGUACUUACCCCUCUCCCUCUACUGCUGCCUCCUCCUCCCCCUCCACCAAUGUGGAAUCCAAUGAUUCCUGCUUUUGACCUCUUCCAAGGAAACCAUGGCUUUGUAGCUCCUGUUGUAACCACAGCUGCACACUGGAGACCUGUCAAUUAUACAUUUCCACCCCCGGUUAUUUCUCAUACUUCCCCAACAAAGGGAUGGAGAAAUAAAGAGGGAACAAGUGCUUAUCAGGUACAAGAAACUCCAGUUUCUCAGGUUGUAAGAAAGAAGACAUCAUCUUAUGUUGGACUAGUUCUUGUUCUUCUCAGAGGGCUUCCAGGAUCAGGAAAAUCUUUUUUGGCAAGGACUUUGCAAGAGGAUAAUCCAAGUGGAGUCAUUCUUAGUACUGAUGACUAUUUUUACAUAAAUGGACAAUACCAGUUUGAUGUAAAAUACUUAGGAGAAGCACAUGAAUGGAACCAGAAUCGUGCAAAAGAAGCAUUUGAAAAGAAGGUAUCUCCUAUAAUAAUAGAUAAUACAAAUCUACAGGCAUGGGAAAUGAAGCCAUAUGUUGCUUUGUCUCAAAAACAUAAAUAUAAAGUCCUUUUCCGGGAACCGGAUACAUGGUGGAAAUUCAAACCAAAGGAACUUGCAAGGCGUAAUAUUCAUGGGAUAAGCAAAGAAAAAAUAACAAGAAUGUUGGAACACUAUCAACGUUUUGUUUCAGUGCCCAUAAUCAUGAGUUCUUCAGUUCCAGAGAAAAUGGAACGUAUCGAGUUGUGUGCAUAUUCUUGUGACAGAAGUACUAGCCCAAGAGACAAUGAAGAUAUUGCCUCUGAAAAAGAAGAAAAUGUUUUAUCCUCAUCUCUGAAGCAUCCAGAGUUAAUUGAAGAGAAGAAACAUGGUGUGACCAAAGAAAAUUUGUUACCUGAGAACGUUACAUAUCUCCCUAAUGCAGAUUUAAACAACGGAAGAAAAGAAAUAAGUGGUAUGAAUCCUAACAAUCAGAAUGCUUUCAUUCAGGAAGCUCCAGACAUUUAUUUUUCUGAUUCUGAAAGCAAAGAACGAGCAACAGACAAAAGUGAAAAAGAAGAACCAGUAGAAAUGGCUCCUGAAAAAGAGUGUAGUAAAACCAAUGCAGAUAGUUUUGUAGAGAGAAUAUCACCAAGUAUUUGCUAUGGUGGAAAUAAUCAAGAAGACUGUGGUCUUUCAAAUACUGUACCACUUCAAAAUGAAAAAUCUUCAUCUAGUGAAAUGCUGGAAGAAAGAGCAGGAGUAAAGAAAAAAGCCUUUGGAAAACAAAAAAGCAAAUCAACUUCGGAAAAGUUCCCAAGACAAGAGCUGUCUUUUGUUGGUGACUGGCCAGUUGAUAAGUCUAUCGGUCAGAGGACAAAAAGGAACCGAAAAACUGAAAAAGCUGUAUCUAUACAAAGUGACAAAAAGUAUAAUUGCCCUCAGUCACAUAAAGUAUUAGACAGUAGUUUAUCUGUGAGUGUAGAUUGUAUCCAGCCACGAGGAUCUCCACAUGAAAACAUAGAGGAUGACAGCAAGUCACAGUGUGAUGAUGCCUCAGAAUCUUUCAAUAGCUGUAAAUAUGGUACUUAUAAAAAUACUGAAGAAGACUCAUUCAACAUUGUGGGUGACUGGCCUUCAUCUGAUUCUUUAGCUCAGAGAGAACACAGAUCAAGAAUGCCAAAGGCUGGCUUAAAUGAACCCAACCUAGAAUUUGGAACUAACAACAGUAUGAAUGAAAUGUCCUUAUAUACAGCACGUGAGGCCUGUUGGGGCACAAGCCCUGAAGAACUAAAAACGUUGGGUAGUUCUACUCGAGGAAGUUCUGAAAUGCUGCCCAAUGAAAUGACCUGUGAGAAUAAAACUUGUCCAAGUAAAAAGAUUCAUAGGCAACACACAUUGUCUCUUACUUUUACCAAUAGUGUGCCAACUGCUCCUGGAGUGGGACCACAAACUUUACCUGAAUUUCAAGAAGAAAAGACUAAAGAAGUCCCUGGAAUAGAAGUAGGCAAGUGUACUCAGACUGAACCACAGGAUUUUGCUCUCUUAUGGAAAAUAGAAAAGAAUAAAAUUAGUGUUUCAGAUUCUCUGAGAGUAUUAACAGGAAGAUUAGAUGGAUUUAAACCGAAAGCUUUCAAUAUCAACACAAAAUUAGAUGUUCAAGAAGCAAUUCCAUAUAGGGUAAUGUAUGACAAAAGCACAUAUGUUGAAGAAAGUGAGCUUACCAGUGCUGAUGAAUCUGAAAAUCUAAACAUUCUUUGUAAACUAUUUGGAUCGUUUUCAUUAGAAGCCCUAAAAGACCUAUAUGAGAGGUGUAACAAAGAUAUUAUUUGGGCCACAAGCCUUUUAUUGGAUUCUGAAACUAAAUUAUGUGAGGAUACUGAAUUUGAGAAUAUAAAAAAGUCAUAUGAUGAAGCACAAAUUGGGCCAUUUUCUCUGGGACUGAAUUUGAAGGAAAUUAUUAGCCAAAGAGGAAGCUUAGAGGAGUCUAAUUCUUCUGUGCCAGAAUUUAGCCAUGGAAUUGGUAUCAGUAACACUAAUGUACAGUCUACCUGUAAUUCAGAAAAGGAAAACUUACAGCAGGCAGAAAUAAGAGCUAUAACUACUGAAAAACCUGGAUUAAUAACAGGUAUAUUUCCUAAUGUAGAUCUCAAGAAUAAUAAUGAAGUACUUCCUAAUAGUCAGGCAGAACUUUCAGGUUUAUAUAAUGUGAAGCAGUUUUUUCCAGGCACUCUAAAAGCUACUGCCACUAAAAAUGUGAGUGAAAUGGAGAAGAAUCCAGAAGUCACUGAGAUUGGAGACAGUACACAUUCUUCUUUGAAUUUGUCUGAUAUUUUAAAUUCUGUAUCGAGCACUUCGGAUCUUGAAUUACAUGAAGAACUUUAUUUUACUGACUCUUUUGACAUAAAUAAAAGUGAAAAUCUUCCAAAGGAUUAUGUGAAAUUUCCAAACACAGAAGAAUCUGUGAAUGAAGAUGAACAGGAAGUGGAAAAAAUUCUAAUGGCAGGGAGUGCUUUGUCAGCUGGAGUUACUGAAGAAGAUAAAACUGAGACAUUGAAUCCCACGCCAGUGAUGGCCAAAUCGCUGACCAUAGACUGUCUGGAAUUGGCAUUACCUCCUGAACUGGCUUUUCAGCUCAAUGAGUUAUUUGGCCCUGUUGGUAUUGAUUCAGGGUCCCUAACAGUUGAGGAUUGUGUGGUUCAUAUAGAUCUGAAUCUGGCUAAAGUGAUUCAUGAAAAAUGGAAAGAAUCUGUAAUGGAGCGACAAAGACAAGAAGAGGUAUCCUGUGGCAAAUUAAUGCAAGAUCCUUCCCUGGUUGGGCGUGUUGGUCUUGAUAAUCCAGAACAAAAAUCAUCUCAGAGAACGGGCAAAAAAUUACUGAAGACUUUAGCAGCACCUGAAAUGCUACCCUUAUUGGAUCAUUGGAACACUCAUACUAAAAAAGUAUCACUCAGAGAAAUAAUGUCAGAAGAAAUUGCCUUACAGGAAAAGCAUGAUUUGAAAAGGGAGCCGCUUAUAUUUGAAAAAGAUUGUGCCACUAAACUAAAGGAGAAGCAGCUCUUUAAGAUAUUUCCAGCCAUUAACCAAAAUUUUCUGGUGGACAUUUUCAAGGACCACAACUAUUCAUUAGAACACACAGUGCAAUUUCUAAAUUGUGUUCUUGAAGGAGACCCUGUAAAAACGGUGGUAGCACAAGAGUUUGUUCACCAAAAUGAGAAUGUCACUUCUCAUACUGCACAGAAGUCUAAGGAGAAAAAGGCAAAGAAAUUGAAAGAGACUGAAGAUAUACCAAGCGAACCAUCUUUCCAGGAUUUUGAGUAUCCAGAGUAUGAUGACUACAGGGCAGAGGCUUUCCUGCACCAGCAGAAGAGGAUAGAAUGCUAUAGCAAGGCAAAAGAAGCUUAUCGGAUGGGGAAGAAAAACGUUGCCACGUUUUAUGCCCAGCAAGGUAGUCUCCAUGAGCAGAAGAUGAAAGAAGCCAAUCACCUUGCUGCUGUGGAGAUCUUUGAGAAAGUCAAUGCCUCCCUGCUGCCACAGAAUGUUUUAGACCUCCAUGGGCUGCAUGUGGAUGAGGCUAUAGAACAUUUGAUGACAGUUUUACAGCAGAAAACUGAAGAAUUUAAGCAGAAUGGUGGUAAGCCCUAUCUCUCUGUGAUUACGGGGAGAGGAAACCACAGCCAGGGAGGAGUUGCUCGCAUCAAACCAGCUGUCAUCAAAUACCUCACAAGCCAUAGCUUCAGGUUCUCUGAAAUUAAACCUGGGUGCUUGAAAGUCAUGCUAAAGUAAAAUAAAUGUCCUUGACUUAAAAAUGUGAAGGUUUGUAGGUUAAAAUUAGUUUUAUUUGCAGUAAUUUAGUCAACUGUACUGUAAAUGUGUGUUUUAUUAGAAGUAAUGUCCAGUUAUAAAACAGAAAAACAUUAUGUUUUUCAAAAUUCAAGAGAAGUUUAAUUUUUUACUGAAUCACAUGCCAAAUAUGUUGUCUAUUAAAAGUAUUAAAGAGAAUUUUUACUGAUUACAAAAUAUCUAAGAAAAUUAUCAGCUGCAGUUUUAAAGAUUGAAAUGCUCUGAUUCUUUCUCAGACAGAAAAUGUAACCUUUAUAUUAAUUGUUGUUUGACAUUUAGUAAAGUCUUAAAGGCUUCUAUGAGAGGUAUUUAAAGUGCUUUGAGACCUGGUUCAUGCCCUUCAAAGGCUUGUAUUUAAAAAAGAAGAAGUACUAGUACCAGCAGUAAUGAAAGAAAGGAGAUCUAACAAAAACACUUGAGUGCUUUUUGAUUUCAAAACAAUACAAAAAAAAAUCAUUUUGCCGUAUCCUACAGGAAGGAAGACAUGCUGUUGCACUUUCUUCUGCUUUGUAUAUGAUCAUGA